UACAACACCUACUUCAAUAAUUUCCGCAUCAACCCUAGAACAUCUGUCGCCCUUCAUUCCUAUGCUGCCUCAAUUUCACCGACACCAUCAACUUUUGCAACCGACUCCAUUGCUACAGACUCCAUUGCCCUUUCUCUUGCUUUUCAUUCAUAUGCUGCCUCCAUUUCACCGACACCAUCAACUUCUACCAACAUCAUCAACUCCAUUGCCACACAAUCCACUUCUUGCACCAGUGUUCAACAGCAGAUUACAACAGCAAACUAUAUUUCAGGUACUCAAAGGAAAUCUAGGAUCUUGUGCCCCCUUCAGAAUUGUCAAAAGUUGUUUUCCAGAUAAAAUGCCUUACAUCAACAUAUCGAAGUUGAUCACACCGUCCACAUCGAGCAUGAAGAAAUGA